AUGUCGACCAUCACGAUCGGCGACGUGAUCGCCAAGCUUCCUGCCGUGCCGGAGGAGCUUCGCUCUCUCGACGUGUACCUCGUCGUCAAGGUCGCCUUGGCGGCGGCGCUGGUGUACGUGGCUGUUUCGUGGCUCCUGACGCCCAACAUCCCGACGCUCGAUGUUCCGAUGACGCCAGACGAGGAGGAGGAGAACAUCGACGCGGAGCAGUACGUGCCCGCGAAGCACGACGUGAAGGGCAAGGUGCCCUGCUACGACCCCGCGACAAUGUACUUCCUGGGAUACCAGCCCGCGAUGACGCGCAGCAAGGUCGUGCGCCUCAUCGACAAGGCGCGCGCGGCCCAGGAGGAGUGGGAGACCUCCUCCUUCGCCCAGCGACGCAUGCUCAUGCGCAUCAUCCUCAAGUACAUCAUCGACCACCAGCGCGAGAUUUGCCGCGUGGCGGCCCGGGACUCCGGGAAGCCGCUGGUCGACGCGGCGUUCGGCGAAGUCCUCGUGACGUGCGAGAAGCUGCGCUGGCUCGCGGAGGAGGGCGAGCAGUACCUGCGUCCCGAGCGCCGCCCCGCCGGCGCGAUGAUGUUUUACAAGUCGGCGCGCGUGGAGUACGUCCCCGUCGGCGUGGUCGGCGCGAUCGUGCCGUUCAACUACCCGUUCCACAACGUGUUCAACCCGCUGACCGCCGCGCUGUUCGCCGGGAACGCGAUCGUGAUCAAGGUGUCGGAGCACGCGUCGUGGUCGGUGGCCUACUACAAGCGCAUCAUCGACGCGGCGCUGGAGGCGGCCGGCGCGCCGAAGGACCUCGUGCAGAUCGUGACGGGGUACGCGGAGGCCGGGAACGCGGUCGUCACGGGCGGAUGCGACAAGGUCAUUUUUGUGGGCUCCACAGAGGUGGGAAAGAAAGUGAUGCAGGCGGCCGCGGACACGCUCACGCCCGUCGUGCUGGAGCUCGGCGGGAAGGACGCGUUCAUCAUCUGCGACGACGCGCGCCUCGACGAGGUCGUGCCCACCGCGCUGCGCGGAGCGUUCCAGUCGUGCGGCCAGAACUGCGCGGGCGCGGAGCGUUUCUUCGUGCACGAGUCCCUGAUCGAGGAGUUCGCGAAGCGCGUCGCCGCGGUCGCGAAGAGCCUCCGCCAGGGCCCGCCCACCGGCGCCGGCGUCGUGGACUGCGGCGCCAUGUGCCUCCCGGGCCUCGCGGAGAAGGUCCAGGAGCUCGUCGACGACGCGAUCGCCAAGGGCGCCAAGUGCUUCGCGGGCGGCAACCUCCCGCGCGGCGGGGCCUCCAAGGGCAUGUUUUACCCCCCCACGGUCCUCAUCGGCGUCACUCCGGAGAUGCGCAUCUGGGCCGAGGAGGUCUUCGGCCCCGUGCUCGUGGCGUGCGCGUUCUCCGACGACGACGAGGCCGUCGAGCUCGCGAACGACUGCCCCUUCGGCCUCGGCUCGUCCGUGUUCUCGCGCGACCAGGCGCGUGCGCGGCGCAUCGCGGAGAACCUCGAGGCCGGCAUGUCGUCGAUCAACGACUUCGCGACGACGUACAUGUGCCAGUCGCUGCCGUUCGGCGGCGUGAAGGACUCCGGCUUCGACCGCUUCGCGGGCAUCGAGGGCCUGCGCGGCCUGUGCGUGCCCAAGGCGGUGUGCGAGGACCGCGUCGGGUGGCUGAUGCGGACGACGAUUCCGCCGCCGCUGCAGUACCCCGUCGCGGACAGCGCGUUCGACUUCGUGUCGUCGCUGAUCAAGAUGUUUUACGGGUACAACUUGGGCGUGCGUGCGCGGGGGCUGGUCGGGCUCGCGAAGGCCGCGCUGGCCAAGCCGAAGAAGCAGUGA